UGAAAGCAUUAUAAUGGCAUACAGUAACUGUAUGCAGGGCUGCCUAUCUGGCGAAGAGCAGCACACUAGCUGGACAAGACAAGUACCCUGAAACUGGAAGGAACCGGGUUGUUCAAACAGGAAAAUGGUCCGGAAGACGAUCGUCAUCUCUCUGCUGGCGUUACUGGUGGCAACAGUGUGCAUCUUCCUGGGGGUGUUCUACGGUGUUGGCCACAGAAAACUCCCCGCUGGGGCCCCGGAUGACAAGCAAUCCUUCAGCAGGGCCGCAGUGGCGGCAGAUGCAGGGCCGUGCUCGGAGAUCGGGAGGGACAUUCUGAAGAAGGGGGGCUCUGCUGUGGAUGCCUCUAUCGCCGCCCUGCUGUGUGUGGGGCUCAUGAACGCCCACAGCAUGGGUAUUGGGGGAGGGCUGUUUUUAACCAUCUACAAUGCUACUACAGGAAAGGUAGAAACCAUCGAUGCAAGAGAGACAGCACCUUUGAACGCAUCUGAAGACAUGUACAUCGGUAACGAACAGCUGUCCAGUAAAGGUGGUCUGGCAGUCGCUGUGCCGGGGGAGAUCCGGGGGUAUGAGCUGGCACACCGCCGGCAUGGCCGCCUGCCCUGGAAGGAUCUGUUUGAGCCCAGCAUACGUCUGGCUCGCAAAGGGUUCCCCAUCAGGAAUGCCCUGGCCUUGGCCAUUGACAAAAACAAGGACACCAUCCAGGGUGAUGCAGCCUUGUGCAACGUAUUCUGCGAUGCAAACAAGCGUCCCCUAAAGGAGAACGAAACCAUUAGGUUUCUCACCCUCGCAGACACCUAUGAAAGAAUAGCCACUGAGGGACCUGACGUGUAUUACACUGGGAAAAUGGCAGAGGACAUCGUGAAGGACAUUCAGGAAGCAGGGGGUAUCAUCACACUGGAGGACCUGCAGGCCUACCGACCUCAGCUAGAUGAAAGCCCGCUGAAAGUAGAAGUGGGGCAGUACACUAUGUGGGUCCCCAGUGCUCCGUCCAGCGGCCCAGUCCUCGCCCUUAUACUUAACAUCCUGAAAGGCUAUAACCUCACAGCCGCGAGUGUCUCUGACACAGAGACGAAGACCCUUACCUACCACCGCAUUGUGGAAGCCUUUCGCUUCGCCUACGGCAAGAGGAGCAAUCUGGGGGAUCCUCGUUACCUGAACAUCACCAAUCUCAUCGCUAACAUGACCUCAGAGGAGUUCGCUGAAAACCUUCGCACCAAGAUCACUGACAACACCACCCACCCCGAAAGCUACUAUGAGCCUGACUACUACGUCCCCAGCAGCCAGGGCACGGCCCACCUCUCCGUCGUGGCAGAGGAUGGCAGCGCUGUGGCAGCUACUAGCACCAUCAACCACUAUUUUGGUUCUAAGGUUCUGUCCCGGAGGACUGGUAUCCUCUUGAAUAAUGAGAUGGACGACUUCAGCUCUCCCAAUAUCACUAAUGGCUAUGGAGUGGAUCCUUCACCCAACAACUACAUCCGUCCAGGAAAAAGACCUCUGUCCUCCAUGUGUCCAACAAUCCUCACAGACAAGGGGGGGAAGGUCAAAAUGGUGGUGGGAGGUUCUGGUGGGACCAAGAUCACAACAGCGACAGCCCUGGUGAUCCUCAACUCGCUGUUUUUUAAUUACGACCUGAGGAAGGCGGUGAGGGAGCCAAGGAUCCACAACCAGCUCCGUCCCAACACCACUGUAGUAGAGGCGGGCUUUAAUCAGAGUGUGCUUGAUGGAUUGGCAAAGAAAAACCACAUGAUCGAAGUUCUGAACAUAGGCGGGUCCGUGGUGCAGGCCAUACUGAGGAGGGAGAAUCUGCUUGACGCUGAGUCGGACCCCAGGAAGAUGGGCUAUCCAGCAGGGUACUGAGAGGGAAGAGGAAGCUCCCUUGCAUGACCCUCUUUCUUUGCCCUCUUCAAUCCAUGUGAUCACAGCUGCUUUGAAUCUUCCAGAUCCUUUUAUGGGAAAUUAUCAGGUGUCAAAGUAAGAACUUAAAUUAAUAUUUAUUUACAUCCCUGGGAAAAGACAGUGACUUACUCAACCACGUGACUCCUCCAAAGGUUUAAUUAAUAUACUUAAUACUGGUAUUAUAUAUUUUGAUUCAGUUAGGAGACUGACUGGUAGCUGCACGGAAGGGCCAGGAUGGGCCUGGACCACCCAAUCACAAGCUUGGCCCAGCCCAAGACUCGAAAAUGCUGACCAAUCACAUUUUUGAUUGCUGUAAAUAAUAAGGCAGCAAGCCAAAAUGUGUUUUUAAAGCCAGAAUUUUUCAGAAUCCCCUCCCCCUGGCACCUCUGGCCGGGUGCUUUGUUUGCAGUUCUAAUUUUAAAAUGCGGGUGUGUGUUUAUUUUAGAUCGUUGUGUAAUUCCCCUUAUCUGCUCUGAUUUGCUGUUCCCCUUAAACUGGGGAACUUGGUGGGACUGGAAGCCCAGACAUGACUAUGUCAUUAGCAGAAAAUGAUGUAGAAUUCCACAUCCACCCACACACUGUCCAUCAAUCCGUCUUGCAUAAUGCUUUAUACAAUGCGUUGUCGUGCCUCAUACCAAACUGCAUUUCGACAAUGAUUUCAGCUGCAGGUUUCUCAGCAUGUAAGCAAUGCCAGUGAAAUGAAUUGCAGACCACAGCCCUGGCAGUGCGCACAAGCUGCGUGCCAAGACCUGAGUUUAUUGCAAGUUAUGGUCCCACCCCACCGAAGGAGAGACCCUUCGUUGCUUGGGCGCGGUCUCUUUAGUGAGCGGCAUGGAUGGCACCGGCUUCCCUGGCUUAGUUCUCUGCAAUUCCGUCCGCGUCUCCUGUUGUUCCAUGCGGUUCUCUCUACAAGGGUGUUUGCAAAAUAUUUUAUUGAUACUAUAACAACAUAAAGCCACAACAAACCAUCUGCUGAGAUGUACACAGCCUGGUUUGUAUUGUAUAAAAACCACCCAGAUGGCUUCCCAGACCACUCCCCCCCCCCAAAGAAAAAGCACAGUUUCGAAAUGCUUAUGUGUUUGUAGCCUGUAUGUGCUUCGUGGGGACCUUGUGUUCGCCCUUUAUCUGUCUCUUUUCUUUGUGUUACUCUGCUCUGUUUAUAUUUAGUUUUGUACUCCUCAUCGGUGUGUGUGCUCACUGUGACUCAUUUGUUCCAUUCUACCCCAAAAUCAAUACUGCUAGUACAAUACCAUAGUUUACCCAAUACCUAUCAAUCGCAGCUGAGGAACGCUGUCCCCGCAAAAUCGCGGUCAACAGCUUUACUGCCAAAAAAGCGGACUGCUACAGAACACCAUUUACAAUAUUCCUACUGCUCUUCCCAGAUAAACUCACAAAAAAACAUAUGGAAGCAAGAUGAAAAGAUUCAUUUUGAUUUGCUGGUUGUGCUGAUUUGUGAAACAGUGCCGCAUAGAUUUAAAACAGUUUCAAGUAUGUUACAUUAAUUGCCUGUUUGCAUUUCUUGUGGGGAUAAAAACAGCUUAAAUGUUAACAGCACUUCAAGAAGCAGGUAAAUUCAGUCACCUUAAGAAGCCUUUUAGUCAUCCAGGUUUUCUGAAGACUCAGCGAUAGUCCCUUAGGUGUGGGGAACGCGGAACUCUUCUGUUGAAAACAAUGUACACAUGCAGACAUAAUUAAGUUGAAAGAGGCAUGAAACAAGGCAUCUGGUUGAUCCCUGAACAAAGUGUCAUCAUACCAUUGUUUCAGCCCUGUUCAGAUACUUAAGUCCUAAUGGCACGGUGUUGCAUUUCCCACAGAGGUUAAACAACUAGGGACUUUCCAACCAUUUAACUUAAUUAAGGGAAUAUGUUGGAUGCAUGACAAAACCUUUCAAUAUCAAACAACCAGUCCAGUGCUCUUCUCUCUUAUUACCAUUAGUUGGUGAAUUCACUGGUUUCUGAACAAGGCUUUUGCUUAUUUGGAUGACCACCAAAUCUUCCCCCAGCUACCCAACUGUUCUGCCAGUUCACUGAAAAUAAAUUCUCUGGACGACCUACAAAUGAAAUGAAAGGCUUAGUGAGUCGUUUCUAGGAAACAGAAACUUCAUUAUCAAUUCUUUUUAUCCCUGAUAAAUUGCCACUGGCAAAAAAAGUGGUUUUGCAUACCAUAGGAUCACAGUAAACAAGUAGUUUGACAGAUUUUCUAUUAACUUUUCUCUCAUGUUUUGUGCCUUGUGACUUUUGUUUUUACUCAUUAAUACAAUAAUCAUUAAUCAUAAGAGAUGAUCGCAGUAUGUGUAACAGCCUCUUUUUUACAUGCCUGCCUUGCCAGAUCAGGCAGAAGUAAUGAACAGGAAGUUGGUGGAAAGUGCAUGUGUGUGUUUAGUUGGAGACCAAACGUUUUUCUCAGUUAUGCACCUGAUUGGACAGGUUUCAUGGAGUCAUCGACAAAUCAGGGUGUGUCAUAUAUUGAAUCAUCUAUAUAAUAUGUUACAAAAUGUUUUGGGGGAAUGUGUGCCAUCAAAAUAAGUUUCAUCUUUCUUUUUUUAAAAUCUGUUUUCAGUAAAGCCUGCCACCAUUUUAUAAAAGUGUCUUUUAUGAUUCCCUUGUGCAGCGUUUGAGAAACAUUAAAUUACUAAUUUAAGAAAA